CUAUUGGAUCGUGCGAAGGCAACGACAAGGCUGCCUCCAAAUGUCGUGACUCGGCGAUAUCCUCCCUCUGCUUCUUCCAGUAUCCGAUCAUAACUCUAGUUUUGAAUACUCUCACAUACGCAGCCGGCCAUACCUGGCUUAUCAAUCGCUAUGCCGGCCCCAAUAGCCAAAGGUAUCAUCAUCGGCGUGUCCGUUAUCGUUGCUGCCGGGAUUGCCGUGUACGAAAGUCCCCAGUUCCGACAAUGGGUCAACAACUCUCGCCGAAAGCUCGCCGCUGCUCUUCAUAAUCUAGGCGAUGAAAUCCAACCGCGAGAGUCGGUGCUACAAGAUAUCUCUAUGACCGAAGAUCCCGGAGCAGCCGCCGCAGAACGGAGACAGAAGGCUCGCGAAGAGCUCUCGCAACGCAGAGCGUUCAUGGAGUCUCGUCUACGAACUCAAUCUUCUGAUAGCAGCAUAGCUGUUAGCUUCGAUAGUUUGGUGGAUAAUGAAGGCCGGCUUCGCUCAGAGACUGCGGAUAGGUCCGGGACUGUUGCCGUUGCACAGUCGACUGCGCUCUCGACUGCGCUCGAAACAAGUGAUAUGGGUUUGAUUCAGAGGCGAGGCGAUCUUGUUGCGUCGGAACCUCUUACUGAGGACCGCCUCCAGGCCCAACGUGAGAUGAUGGAAGUGAUGGAACAUGAUCGCCUCCGUCUAGCUGUCGUGUCCGAAGCCUCCUCUCACCAUCCAUCAGAGUCUUUAGUAGACCUAACCCCAACCUCUGAAUUCCCCGAGACAGAUUUAAGGGUCUCUACCGGGUCAAUCAAUUCAUCACACGACCAAGCGUCGCGGUCUGAAUAUUUCCCAAUCGAGUCUCCUAUCAGGUCACCUAAUCAUCUGGAAGCUGAGGGCUCUGGGUAUUACUACGCUCAUCCAAGUGAGCCUACUGUUCCUUCGUCUGGAACCUCUCAUACCACAAACCCAUUUAGAGACUACGACCUAUCCACUGCGUCAUCUGUACCCGGAAGUCUAAGCCAUGUCCAUGAUGAGGCAUCCUCUGAUGGUACCAUGAGUGAAUGGGGCCAGCCCACGGACGGGGUCGCUACUCCUGCCAGUUGGUCAGAGAUUGGCAGUGUAGUUAGCAGCGAUGAUGGUCACCAUCAAUGAAUCACUCUACCAGAAGAAAAAAACAACUCGUAGAACCGACUAGAUGGUUGUUGAUUCUUAGUCAAAGUAUAAUCUUUGAUCUACGCACGGAGUUCUCAGGAUGAUCAGGGAUAGUUACUACAUUCAGGUAAAUGGCAGGUUAUUGGAAUGGCGACAGAGGAGUUUGCUUGCUUUUUUAUGGUAUGUCUGGAUUUAUAAAUGGCGUUGAUGGUUCUAUUGCUUGUUUAGGAGUGGCAUAUAUAUAUAUAUAUAUAUA